AUGUCCCUUCCCACUCAAGGACGUGUAAUCAUCGAUACUACUGCAGGGGAGAUUGAGAUUGAGCUAUGGUCGAAGGAAACGCCAAAAGCAUGUCGAAACUUCCUCGCGUUAGCUAUGGAAGGAUACUACGAUGGUGUCAUAUUUCAUCGAGUUGUUCCCGACUUCUUGGUUCAAACCGGUGAUCGUACAGGAACGGGUGGAGGGGGAGAGUCUUUCUAUGGAGAGCCCUUUGAGGAUGAGAUACGUCCGCGGCUACGCUUUGCACAUCGUGGGCUUGUGGCUAUGGCAAACAACGGGACGAAGAACUCAAAUGACUCUCAAUUCUUUAUCACACUUGAUCGUGCGGAUGAACUUCAUGGGAAGCAUACAUUGUUCGGUCGGUGUAUCGGCGACACAAUAUACAACGUUAUGAAGAUAGGGUCAAUGGAGCUCGACAAAAACGGGCGACCACUAUACCCUCCCAAGAUCAAAAACGUUCGAAUCAUCGACAAUCCCUUCGACGACAUUGUUCCCCGUAUCACCGCGGAGGAAAAACGCGCUCAGCAACGCGCUCGCGCGGAGGCGAUGAAGGAACGUGAGGACGCAGAACGGCGGAAAGGCGCCAAGAAGUACGUUUGUCUCUGUUCCUCUCCUAUCUUUGCUCCAAACUCAGUUCGAUCAUAUCAUGUUGGAUAUAGAGACAAAAAGUUGCUUAGUUUCGGAGCAGACGAAGACAUGGAUAUAGACGACAGUGCACCGGUAUUCCAGAAGAAGAACAUUGUCAGACCAGAUCGUACGUCCCCUCACGAUUGGUGA